AAUAGGCCUCCGCGCCACAGCUAAUUAAAAUCGUCGCAUUUCUCUCCGUCUUCUACUUCACAGUCCGAAACCCUAAUUACCGAAAACAACUCUCACUGGAGGAGAGAAGAUGCCGAGGGAGAUUAUCACUCUGCAAGUGGGACAAUGUGGGAACCAGAUCGGCAUGGAGUUCUGGAAACAGCUCUGCCUCGAGCAUGGGAUCAAUAAGGAUGGCAUUCUCGAAGAUUUCGCUACUCAGGGAGGUGACAGAAAAGAUGUGUUUUUCUACCAAGCUGAUGAUCAGCAUUACAUUCCACGAGCUCUACUGAUAGAUUUGGAGCCUAGGGUUAUUAAUGGCAUCCAAAAUAGCGAAUAUCGGAAUCUCUACAAUCAUGAGAAUAUUUUCGUUUCAGACCAUGGUGGUGGCGCUGGAAAUAACUGGGCUAAUGGGUAUCACCAGGGAAAAGGUGUUGAAGAGGAAAUCAUGGACAUGAUAGAUAGAGAAGCAGACGGAAGUGACAGCCUUGAGGGUUUUGUUCUCUGCCACUCCAUUGCUGGAGGAACUGGAUCAGGCAUGGGUUCUUAUUUAUUGGAGACUUUGAAUGAUCGCUAUAGCAAGAAGUUGGUUCAGACAUACAGUGUAUUCCCAAAUCAGAUGGAAACAAGUGAUGUUGUUGUCCAGCCAUACAACUCAUUGUUGACAUUGAAGCGAUUGACGUUAAAUGCUGAUUGUGUUGUUGUCCUUGACAACACUGCAUUGAAUCGAAUUGCUGUGGAGCGACUUCAUCUGAAGAAUCCUACCUUUGCUCAGACUAAUUCGUUGGUUUCAACCGUGAUGUCUGCCAGUACAACAACUCUGCGUUAUCCCGGCUACAUGAAUAAUGACUUGGUUGGUUUACUUGCAUCUUUGAUCCCAACACCACGAUGUCACUUCCUCAUGACAGGAUACACACCGCUGACAGUUGAGCGCCAGGCAAAUGUCAUUCGUAAAACUACUGUACUGGAUGUUAUGAGAAGACUUCUUCAGACAAAAAAUAUCAUGGUUUCAUCUUAUGCUAGAACAAAAGAAGCUAGUCAGGCAAAGUACAUAUCAAUAUUGAAUAUCAUUCAAGGAGAAGUUGAUCCUACUCAGGUACAUGAGAGUUUGCAGAGGAUUCGUGAAAGGAAGCUUGUUAACUUCAUUGAGUGGGGCCCUGCAAGUAUACAGGUCGCCCUUUCAAAGAAAUCUCCCUAUGUUCAAACAGGCCAUAGGGUCAGUGGUCUCAUGCUAGCAAGCCACACUAGUAUCAGACACCUUUUCAGCAGAUGUUUGAGCCAAUAUGAGAAACUGAGGAAGAAACAAGCUUUUCUUGACAAUUACCGAAAGUUUCCGAUGUUUGCUGACAAUGAUCUAUCGGAGUUUGAUGAGUCUAGGGAAAUAAUUGAGAGCUUGGUAAACGAAUAUAAGGCGUGCGAGUCUUCAGAUUACAUCAAAUGGGGAAUGGAGGACCCUGACCAGCUGUUAACCGGAGAAGGCAGUGCUUCUGGAGUUGUGGAUCCUAAGUUGGCAUUCUGAAGAAUAAACCCCCCGAGGUAACUCGUGGUAUUGUACUCAAACCACUCCGAGCUUUCAUCGCACGUACACAAGCCAUUGUUCUGGGAGUUUUUGUCACAAUGGGUUAUUGUGUUGGAGAGUAGGAACCGCAUGAAGGAGUAAUGCAAGAAAAUUUGGGAUUGGUAUAAGGGGAAUCAUGGAACACGUAGUUGCCGAAAAUCAUAAAUCUAGGAAUGUCGGUCGCUUCUUUAGUGUUUUCUUCUUCUUUUUCUGCAAACUCUGAGAACAGGGGGAGGAGGGGGUUGUGGUGAUUGGUGAAUGGUGUGUGUUUUCUAUUGUGAUCUCAUCAUCCCAUGUGAUGUGAUUUAGUCAAUCCGUGAGAAAAAAACAAGCAUGUGCCGUAGAUAACGGCAUGGGUA